UCAAUAUUAUUAGCCAGCCACUGUUAUCCAAUGACUUGCCUAAUUAACCUUAUUAAUCCCCCAAGCCUUUAAGUUGCACUUCAAACUGUGGAUUAGUAUCUUGCAAAACAACUAGUGAAGUAAUAUAAAACUGUCAUCGUGGCAAAGACAAAAUAAAUUUGUUUAGACUUGAGAGAAAUAAUUGUUAAUGCUCACAAAGCAGGAGAAGGAUAUACACGUUUAUCAAAGCAUUUUCAGGUGUCAAGAACUGUCGUGAGAAGUAUUAUCAAGAAGUUUGAAGAGACCCACACAGUGGAGAACAAGACGAAGAGGCAGGAAGCGAAAAAUGUAAAAAACCUUGGAAAGAAAACUGGUGAGAGAGGUUUCUAAAGACCCAAGAACAACUGCCAGAUGUCUCAACGAAGACAAUCAUUAGAGCCCUGCACAGGAAUGGACUGCGAGGUUGCAGACCAAGAAAAACUCCACUUCUGAAGAAGAGACACCUCCAAGCUAGACUGAAGUUUGCCAAGGACAACCUAGAGAAAAACGAUGCAUACUGGAAACGUGUCCUUUGGUCAGAUGAGACAAAACUAGAGCUCUUUGGCCAUAGAGAUGUUGCCUUUGUUUGGAGAAUGAAGGGAGAGGCAAUCAACCCAAAGAACACCAUUCCCACAGUGAAACAUGGCAGUGGGAGUAUAAUACUGUGGGGAUACAGUGUGUCUGGAACUCAUCAGGGUUGAAGUAAUCAUGAAAAAGGAAGACUACGAGAAGAUUUUGAAAGGCAAUUUGCAACAAAACUUGGUUUGGGUCGACAUUUCGUCUUCCAGCAUGAUAACGACCCAAAGGAUACCUCACUUCUGGUGAAGAACUUCCUCCAAACGAGCAAAAUGAACGUCCUUGACUGGCCUGCACAAAGCCCAGACUUGAAUCCCAUAGAAAAUCUGUGGGCCACACUGAAGACUAGAGUCCAUGCCAGGAGACCAACAAAUCUGGAGGAGAUUGAGAGAUUUGCUAAGGAGAAAUGGGCUGUGACUCCUCCGGAGAAAUGCUUAAAACUUGUUGAGAACUACAACAAACGACUAAAGGCUGUUAUCAAGCAAAAGAGAUACACUAUUGACUAUUAACAUCAGAGGGCUAAUAAUUUUGACCUGUAGAUUUUUUUAUUUUUGGUUAUAAUUUUGUUUCUAUUUGUAUUAUAAACAUUCUAAGUUGCCUAAAUAAACUAUUAUGUUUAGAAAUGCUAUGUUGAAAAAAAUCUUUGCUUCAUUAAACAGCACUUGGGAAUUAUUUGAAAAAAAAAAAAAAAUAUCUCAAAGGGGGCUAAUAAUUUUGUCUUCAACUGUAAAGAUGUGUGCGGGUCAUUUGGUGAUGUAGUACUGUUUUUCACCUGCUUACAGUAGAUUUAGGUAAAGAGCUUAUUUUGUAGUUAGCAGAGCCCAUUGAGAAGUCUCAGAUCUUGCUGUACUACCAUAGAACAAUUAUCUCAUGCUGUUGCUAUUUCAUUUCAGGGAGCAAUAUACAAUAAUGUCUUUUAUAAUUGAUUGGCUGUACAGAGGAUUCAGCAAUAUGUUACAAUUAUUAGGAUUAUAUAAAAAGAGUGGGAAGCUAGUUUUUCUUGGAUUAGACAAUGCUGGAAAAACAACGUUAUUACACAUGCUUAAAGAUGAUCGACUUGGGCAGCAUGUUCCAACACUUCACCCUACAUCCGAAGAACUGAGUAUUGCUGGUAUGACUUUCACAACGUUUGACCUGGGAGGUCAUGCUCAAGCAAGAAGAGUAUGGAAGAAUUAUCUUCCAGCAAUAAAUGGAGUAGUCUACCUUGUUGAUUGCGCUGACCAUGAACGCCUACUAGAAGCCAAAAUUGAACUGGAUGCCCUCUUAACUGAUGAAACAAUCUCCAAUGUGCCAAUUCUUAUUUUGGGAAAUAAAAUCGACCGUCCAGAAGCAAUUAGUGAGGAUGCACUAAGAGGAAUGUUUGGUCUUCACACCACUGGAAAGGGGAAUGUAUCACUAAAGGAACUCAACCUGAGGCCAAUGGAAGUCUUUAUGUGCAGUGUGUUGAAGAGACAAGGAUAUGGGGAAGGCUUUCGAUGGCUUUCUCAGUAUAUUGAUUAACAUAAUUAAAGCUACUGGACAUUUUAUGAAUCCAAAACUCAUGUGCCCUUAUUUAUUGAUUAUGUAUCUUGUAAUAAAACUAUAGUAACCAGGGGUGUUAUAUAUUUUACUGUCUGUUUAUUUAAAUCAAGCACUUUUAUUCUGGUGAAUAUCACUUGUGCUGCGAUACAUUUUGAUGAUGUCAACAUCAUCAGAUGAAACAAAAUCAGUGUUUUGUCUUUACGUUACAUUAUCUCUGUGCCUUAAUGCUGGUUGUUGGUGGUCUUUUAUAAUACACCUUUCUGUGGUAUUUUCCUAUUUCUGUAUUUUCCACCUGCUGAUGGGAAAAUCUUGAAGUGAUAAGGUGUGGAUUGCCACUGUAUGCAUGCUUAUCAAAAUUACCAGAGAUUUCAAAUGAAAUAUUUAUUUGUAUCUACUAUUUAAAAUUAGAAAUGUUUGAUAUUUACAUGUAGUAUUUUGAUACUUUCAAAAUCGUUCUGAUGUAGCACUCUUCAGCUCCAGCAAUGUGCAUUCAUUGGUCUGUUUCAGCACUAGUCUACCUGAUUAAUCUGUGAUCUGUGCAAUAAGUACUUUUUAACUGUCUGCUGUGAUUUAUUUGCAGUUAUGGCAUGAGAGUACAAAGGAUAAAGACUUCCUUUACUUAAUAGAAAUGAUGCCUGUGCAAUACAAUGUAUCAUAUUACUAAGUCACUUUUACUUCUACCUGUAAAUAGGCUUAUGAGAUAGAAUUGGGGGUUUGAAUGUUGUUAAUCAGUUGGAAUUGCCAAUUAUGUACAUGCCACUUGUAGCACAACAUUUAUGCAAUGUUUUUUGAAGUAGGCAAUAAAACUAA